GCAUCCGCAUUACCUCAUGUACGACGAGGACGGGUCCGCGGCGGACCAGAAGCUGGAAGUGGACGAGCGAGGUGUAAUCGAGGCGAGCAGUAUGGUAAAUCCCGAGCAGGUGAUGGCAGCUGCCACCGGUGGCAUCGGCGUGGGAGUUGGCAUCGGAGUAGGUGGACCAGGCACAGCUACCGGAAGUGGUACCGGACUCACCGGCUAUUGGCAACACGCGACCACCGCCACUAGUUACUGGCCGUCGCUAUUUGACUGUUGGACGACGCCGCCGAUCGCAUCCGGUUCGCAGACGCUGUCCUUGCCGCGGGACGAUGAUUGAGGCCAGUAGAAUUUUAUUAAAUUACCGUUUUAGCGUUGCCUUGAUCCUCUCGCGAGAUCUCGUUUCGUUCAGUCAAAUGUCGACUGUUUGACGCCUAAACUAAUAUGGCUCGCAGAUUGCGUUUGUAUUUCUGUCGGAAACCGGUUACAAAAAUACUUAUAGUUCUAGUAUGUUUACUAGAAUUCUCGUACCUCUGCGGGAAAUUGAUUGUGAAAUAUAUAAAUCGGAAAAGUUUCUUACAUGUCUCACUCAUGUGUUCUUAUUAUUAAAUUCAUAAAGGCACAGAGACGCUUUCAAUUUGUUAAUCAGUGCUCGAAUGGAAUCGGAUAAAUAAUGCAAGUUUUGUAUGACAGAAUUAGAAAUAUUUUUUUUUUGUAAAUCCACCACGUGACUGAUAAUUUCCGUUAUCGGAAUUUUCGUGAAAAUUGAGAAUGGAUGAUGGGAGAAACGGUAAGGAAUCAGUGUCUGCUACAAUGGUUAACAGAACGUUACAGUCGAGAACAUUUGCUUAUGUUGUAUGUAAAUAUGAGGAAUUACGCGAGCAAUCAACUACGUCGGUCGUAUUUGAGAAAUUACAAGUUCGGCGAGUUCAGUGGAUAUUCUUCAAGGUAAAUAAACGUUGAUGGAGUACAAAUAUUAAACUUCCGCCGCGAUGAAAAACAUGUUUAACUCCCGAUUUUCUUUCUAAUAUUGUUUAUUCGACAAAUAUUAUAUAUUCAUUAUUAACG